AUGUGCGAAUAUUCUGCAGUAGAUGGAUUUGCCAAUGAAUGGCACCUGGUUCACCUGGGCAGCCGUGCAGUAGGAGGUGCAGGCCUUAUCAUUACAGAAGCUACGGCAGUGUCGCCCGAAGGCCGCAUUUCGCCGGAUGAUCUGGGUAUCUGGAAAAACGCCCACCUUGAUAAAUUAAAAGCCAUUGUUUCUUUUAUUCAUAAGCAGGGCUCGGUAGCCGGCAUACAAUUGGCGCAUGCCGGCAGAAAAGCCAGCUCACCAUCUCCAUGGAAGGGCGGUACCCAGUUAACCAAAGAAAAUGGCGGAUGGCAGACUGUGGCGCCCGGGGCCAUCCCUUUCAAUGAGGGCGAAAUGAUUCCGGAAGCAUUGACCAAAGAAGGCAUUAAUAAAGUAAUUGCAGAUUUCAAAGCGGCAGCAGGGCGGGCAUUGACAGCAGGCUUCAAAUUGAUUGAAAUUCAUGCCGCGCAUGGCUAUCUAAUCAACGAAUUUUUAUCGCCCCUCAGCAACCCGCGUACAGAUGAAUAUGGUGGAUCUUUUGAAAACAGGAUACGCCUUCUGCUGGAAAUUACCGACGCGGUGCAAUCUGUAUGGGCCAAAGAUUUGCCCUUGUUUGUGCGUAUUUCGGCCACCGAUUGGGCACCGGGUGGCUGGGACGAAAAGGACUCGGUAAAACUAUCUGCCCUGCUGAAAGAAAAAGGGGUUGAUCUUAUGGAUUGUUCCACCGGGGGCUUGUUACCGGGGGUGAAAAUUCCUGUGGGUCCGGGCUACCAGGUGCGCUUUGCCGCACAGGUAAAAAAAGAAACCGGUAUAUUAACUGGUGCAGUAGGCAUGAUUACCGGCGCUGUACAGGCAGAAGCCAUUCUUGCCAAUGAAGAAGCUGAUCUAAUAAUCAUUGCACGGGAAUUCCUGCGCGAUCCAUAUUUUCCGCUGCAUGCCGCACAUGAGCUGGGGGUUGACAUAGAUUGGCCCGAUCAGUACAAGCGGGCGAAGAGAAGUAUUUAG